AAUCACGCCUCUUAAUCACACAACAAACGCCUUUCGAAUACUCCGGUACACUAGGGCAAGCCCGGGGUUCUCCUCAAUGACCACCGACUCCACUCCUCCUCCACCACUCACCUCCGACGACCACCCAUCAACCACCACAAGCAAUCCACGGCCGCCGGAUUACGCAACCUCAAUCUCUAAUCUCCGUAGCUUCGCCACCGCUCUCUCAACAUUCCAACGCCGCUACGAUGAGCUACAACAGCACCUCGAUUUUAUCCAAACAACUAUCCAUUCCCAAAUACCCGACCCGUCUAUCAUCCCUCCCUUUAUUCCACCUACUCCACCUUCUCCUAUUGCAAUAAACCUGGAUAAAAACCCUAAAUUGUUAAGUAAUUCUGACGUGGAACCUAAGAUUAAAAUUGAAGCUGAUAUCCGGGUGGCAACUACAAUUCCCGAUAAAAAGCAAGCAGUAGUUGAAGUUUCCGAAUCGAAGCCCGAGAUUAAAUUGCCUGAUUCUGGUUUAGAACAUAAGAGUGAUGAUAAAGCUACUGAUUGCGGAGAGAAAAGUGAUGUCGGUGUUAUAAUGGAUGAUACUCAAUCGGAGCUUUUGAGAUUAUGUUCGAAAACAAUGUGUGGCAGGAGUCUUCGGAGGUACAUUGUGACACACAUUUCGGACGGUGAUAGACUUAGGGAGGAGGUUCCGAAAGCAUUGAAAUGUGCAGCUAAUCCGGCCAAGUUGGUGUUGGAAUGUGUUGGAAAGUUUUAUCUGCAAGGUAGUAGGGCAUUUAAUAAGAGUUCUCUGAUGUUAGCAGGUAGAGAUGCUUCAAUUAUUACAUUGGAGUGUUUUUUGCUGAUGGAAAGGGAUGGAGUAGUGAUUGACAAUGGGGUGAAGGAAGAAGCACAUAAUGCGGCUGUAGCGUGGAGGAAAAGGCUACGGGGGGAGGGGGGAUUGUAUAAGGCGUGCGAGGCUGAUGCUAGGGGUUUGCUUUUUUUGAUUGGUGGUUAUGGGAUUCCAAAAUCAUUUGAAGUUGAAGAUAUUAAAGAUUUGACUAGGGCAUGUAAAUUACAGGAUAUUUCUGGGGCUCUUCGUCGUUCCCGCUAUCUGCUUGCGAGGAUUCCAGAAUUAAUCGAGCAGAUGCUGAAGUAUAAAAGGGAAGUUGAAGCUCUUAAUAUCGUUUAUACUUUCGAUGUUAAGGACAAAUAUCCUCCUCAGACAAUUUUAAAAUCAUUUCUGAGCAAGUCUGAUGAAAUUCUGAAGCGAAAAAGAACAGAAGCUGCGGAUUUAUCUACUUUGGUGAUUAAAGACAAAAAGCAUUUAGAUGAUCUUAAAUCGUUACUAAGAUGCUGGAAAAAUCACAAGAUUGAUCCCUCAAAGACAUUUCCAGACCUGGAUAUCAAUGAAAAGAUAUCAAGCUUGGAAAGAGAAAUUACCGUACUUGAUAAGAAAGUAAGAGAGGAUGUUGCUAAUAAAAAAAAGGAGAAAGAGGUUGAGUCUUCCAAAAGGUCAAAAACCCAGGAUGCAAAACGUCCGCGCUUUCCUGGUCAUGACCUACCACUGCAAGGAGCAGUUGGACAGUCUGAUGAUAACAACUCCGUUGACAAAUUGACACAGAUGAACUAUAAUGGAGGAUUACCUGAACACUAUGGUUAUAGUGCUUCGCCGUCUCAACGGCAUGAAUCUGGUGUAAGGGAUAUUCAUGCAACAAGAAUGUUGCAUGAAUAUUCUGAUGUUACAAUGGUUCAACCGCGAACAGAUCGAGUAGGCUUGUUGCAUGAAUAUGCUGCUUCCACGAGGUUUGGUAGUGGGGGCGGGGUGGUUGCAGCUGAUGAGACUGAAGGGGGUUAUAUUUCCAGGGUUCCAUAUGCUACUUCUCAUCUGGGUAUGCAUAGCAACGUAAAUCCAUAUACUGGGCAGCUGUUUGGAAGGCAUAUGGAUGCACUGUCCAAUGACAGGUAUGCCAGUCAAACUUAUGCCGGAAAACCUUUGUAUAGUGGGUAUAAUGACCUUCACAGGCCAUCACCAGCGUUGGAAGGAUUUGCAGGUCUACCAAGUUACCCAAAAGCUGGCAGUUCCAUUCGUAGCUCUGGCUCUGACCUCUACCACUUUGCUGAUUCUGUGCUGGAAAGUGAGCUGAAACAGAAGAGUGGUGCUCCUUCAGGUGCACAAUUGCGCCGUGGCUAGCCUUCUGAUUAUAAUUAUUCAUACUUGUAAUAGUCAUGUACUGAUAACAGGAAGUUUUGAUUUGUAGCUUUGGGUGGAGGACAGUAGGGAACUUCUGAUGUGUAAACCAAUGUCAAAGAAAUAGAUUUUUUCUUUUUUAUAAUAAUUAGAAGAUGGGCAAUGAUACAUUCA